UAAUAAGCAUUUUAUAUCUCAUCCCUCUGGCUGUGUGGGUCCUUCAACCAAACAACAAUUUGCGGUUAUUUUUUCUCCAUUAUCCCUCCAUCUUCAUCCUCACACUUUCACUUCUAACACAGAUGAAAUUCAGCUCAAAUUCUUCAGUAAGGUAGUUUCUUCACUCUCAAUGGCUUCAAUCAAAUGUUAUACGCAUAUAGAUACAUUCGAUUCAAAAAAACCUAACUCCGUUUUACAUUUCUCCGAUCGAUGUUUCAUUCUUGCAUUUCACACUGUAAGUAACACUGUAUGUAGUAAUUCGUUUGGUAAAUUGAAGCAAGCUAGGGUUUCUAGGGUAGAUACAGAGCUAUCUGAUGUUUUGCAAUCAAAUAAUGUUGGUAGACCUGUGGAUGUUAGUCAGGAGAAUGUUGUUGUUCAAAACCCUAGGUUACAUAAGAAGUUUAAGAAAGCGAAGCGGAGUAUUUGGAAGCGAUUAGACGGUAUGCGAAACGUAGCGAACGAUUUGAACGGAAAUAGUAAGCAACACGAAGUUAGGGUUGAGACAGAUGAUUUGUUGUUAGGAAAUGAUGAUGAGUUUUAUGAAAAGUUGAGUGCGAACGGGAGUGAAUCGAGUUUAGGAGAUUGUAAUAGUGUAUUGGAGAAGCUCGAGAGUGGCGCUCGUGAUGAUGAAGUUUUGAAGUUUUUCGAGUGGAUGAGAGUUAACGGGAAGUUGAAGCGGAAUGUGAGUGGUUAUAAGUUAGCUUUACGGGUGUUGGGUAGGAGACAGGAUUGGGAAGGAGCGGAAAGGUUGAUUCGGGAGAUGGAAACCGAGUCGAGUUGUGAACUCAGUUUUCAGAUUUUCAACACGCUUAUUUACGCUUGUCAUAAACGCGGGCUCGUGGGACCGGGUACAAAGUGGUUUAGGAUGAUGUUAGAUGCGGGAAUUCAGCCUAAUGUUGCUACGUUUGGCAUGGUUAUGAGUCUUUACCAAAAGGGUGGGAAUCUUGAUGAAGCGGAGUUUGCGUUUUCGCAAAUGAGGAGGUUUAGGAUCGUUUGUCAUAGUGCGUAUUCAGCUAUGAUUACGCUCUAUACGCGUCUUGGAUUGUAUGAGAAGUCAGAAAAGAUUGUCGCGUUUUUGAAAAACGACAAAGUGAUCUUGAAUCAAGAAAAUUGGUUGGUUUUGGUUAAUUCUUACAGCCAACAAGGGAAGUUAGACGAGGCUGAAAACGUGCUGGCGUCGAUGCAUGCAGCUGGAUUCUCCCCGCAUAUAGUCGCUUACAAUACGCUUAUAACCGGAUAUGGAAAAAUCUCGAACAUGAAGGAUGCCGAAAGAGUUUUCCAAAACCUUGUAUCUGCUGGUUUGAAACCAGAUGAAAGCACGUACAGAACCAUGAUCGAAGGUUGGGGUCGGGUGCAUAACUUUAAAGAAGCGGAGUGGUAUUAUAACGAAAUGAAUAAAUUAGAUUUUAAACCGAAUUCAUCAAAUUUGUAUACGAUGAUCAAUCUGCAAGCCAAACAUGGAGAUGAAGCAGGUGCUAUGAGAAUUAUCGAAGAUAUGAUAACAAUCGGAUGUCAGUUUUCAGCUAUACUCAGUAUCGUUUUGCAAGCGUAUGAGAAGGCGGAACAGUUCGAUAAAGUGCCCUAUGUUAUCAAAGGUUUGCUUUACGAUCAUGUUUUGAACAAUCAAACAUCAUGUUCGAUUCUAGUAAUGGCUUAUGUGAAACACGGUUUGGUAGCUGACGCCAUUGAAGUUUUGGGGUUAAAAAAGUGGAAGGAUAAAGUGUUUGAGGAUAGUUUAUACCAUUUAUUAAUUUGUACGUGUAAGGAGCUGGGCCAUCUUUCUAAUUCUAUAAAGAUAUACGCAUCUAUGCCGAAACGCGACAAGGCUAAUUUGCAUAUCACGUGCACUAUGAUCGAUGUUUAUAGCUGUUUGAAUCAGUUUAAGGAAGCAGAAACGCUUUAUAUAAAUCUAAAGUCAAACGGUGUUGCUUUGGAUUUGAUAGCGUUUAGCAUAGUAGUAAGGAUGUAUGUGAAAUCCGGAUCGUUAAACGAUGCAUGUUCGGUUCUUGACGUAAUGGAGAAACAAAAGGAUAUUGUUCCGGAUAUAUAUUUAUUUCGUGAUAUGCUUCGAAUCUAUCAAAGAUUGGGGAUGGUAAGUAAAUUAGCCGAUUUGUACUACAAAAUCUUGAAAGCUGGAGUUUCGUGGGAUCAAGAAAUGUAUAACUGCGUCAUUAAUUGUUGUGCUCGCGCUUUGCCUAUUGACGAACUUUCUCGGCUAUUUAAUGAUAUGAUUCAGCAUGGUUAUUCACCUAAUACCACGACUUUUAACGUAAUCCUUGACGUUUAUGCGAAAUCCGGUCUUUUUAAAAAGGUGAGACAAGUGUUUUGGAUGGCGAAAAAACAAGGUAUGGUUGACGUUAUUUCGUAUAAUACCGUUGUGGCUGCGUAUGGAAAAGGUAAAGAUUUACGGAAUAUGGCUUCGGUUGCAAGACGAAUGAAGUUCAAUGGAUUUUCGGUUUCUCUUGAAGCGUAUAAUUGUAUGUUGGACGCUUACGGGAAAGCAGGUGAAAUGGAGAAGUUUAAAAAUGUAUUGUUGAGAAUGAAGGAAUCAAACUGUGGGUCGGAUCAUUACACGUUUAAUAUUAUGAUUAAUAUAUAUGGAGAAAAAGGGUGGAUUGAAGAAGUUGGAGAUGUGUUAACGGAACUUAAGGAAUCGGGGCUAAAACCUGAUUUAUGCAGCUAUAACUCGUUAAUUAAGGCUUACGGGAUUGCGGGUAUGGUUGAAGAUGCAGUGAAUUUGGUUAAAGAAAUGAGAAAGAAUGGAAUAGAGCCUGACAGAAUUACGUAUACGAAUCUGAUUGCUGCUUUUCAAAAGAAUGAUAUGGUUUUGGAGGCACUUAAGUGGUCCUUGUGGAUGAAACAAAUGGGGAUGUGAAGCCGUUCAUGUUCAUGUCAGAAUUUGCCGAUAGCGGUUACCAUAUUUGGUUUUUAAUGGAAGAUUUCAAGAUCUAUUUCCUUUUGAAAGAAGCUACCAUCACAGGUUCUAAAGUAUAAAAACUCCAAUCUCAAAUACACAGACAAUUGUGUAGAUUUUUAUAUUUUUGUCUUACCUUCUGAAUAUUUCCACCUAGCCAUGGAUUUAUAUUAGAUAUUGUGCACAUUCUUGUAAAGACAAAUAAGUUUUGGAUCAACGAAUCGUUUAUACUUUCAAGGAAGAUAAUCUAAUAAAGUUACGAAA